GAAACAUCAGAGCUCAGACCAACGCCUUUUCUUCUCCUUUCUUUCGAUGUCUGUCUCUCUUCCCCAAAAAGCUCUUCUUCCUCUCUUCUUGUUCCUGUUCGUCAUCACCAACGAUGCCAUUUUCCCUCUUUUAUCCUUCAUUUUUCCGAUCGACAACAACGAAACCAAGAUAUGGUACGAAAUUUGGAGAUUUUCUCUAUCGUUCUCAUACUACUUUGUCCAAAAAUUGGAAUUUUCUUUGAUUCUCUCAAAAACUACUAAUAAGAAUUUAAGUAGUGAACUCUACCACAAAUCCUUGAAAGAUGCUGCUAAGGUUCCAAUCUCGGUCCUUUAUGUUUUGCAUUGCUGGUCAAGCAGAACCACCCAAAAGAAACAAGAGGUCUAGCUGGUUGAAAUUUAUCAUAUGCGGAAUUUGAUAGUUUUCUUUGAUGAAAAAAUCUGGAUUUGUUUUUUCUUUACCUUUUUUUGAUUUUUUCAGUUGGCUUUUUCUUUAAUUUUGGUUUCUUAAUCAAUUUGGAUGUGAAACUUUGGAAAUGCAUUCAAAUGUUUAGUGCUUAAUGCCUAUUUAUGGUUUGGCAAACAAGUUCUUUGCUUCCUACUAAUCCUCAGGCUUUGUUGCUAUUGUUUUGCUUCGUAUUGUAGUUUAACACACCCUAUGCUAGAUUUGGUGGUCUAACAUAUUAAUUAUAAUUAUCCUUUAUGCUCUAAUAUGUACCAAAUGUUUAUUACAAGAUAUUAAGAUA